AUGGGGUCAGAAGACGAGUAUCGCAGCCGAGACCAUCGACGUCAUCGCCACGAUCGAGAGGACGACGGCAGAGACCGACGCCAAGACUCGGAGCGGCGGCGCGACGACGAAGACAGCCGCCGACGACGACGACGCCAUCGAUCCCGAGACGGCCACGGCCACGGCCACGGCCACGGCCACGGCCACGGUCACGGCCACCGACGACAGCGCUCGCGCACUCCAGACUCAUCCUUCCGUCGGCGCAGCCGCAGCCGAGAGGAAGAAAGAAGCAGACGUCACCGCCACCGUCGACGGGAGCGACGCUCCUCACGCUCCCCUUCCUCCUCCUCCUCCUCUGCCUCCCCCGACAACGACGACGACAAGAACGACAGCAACGAGGGCAAGGACAGAUCGAAGAGUCUCCAACGCAGACGCGACCGACGACGUGACGACGGCGACGUGAGCAGCAGCAAAGACGGCGCUCCCUCAGGAUCGGCUUCGGCCAUCAGACGAUCCGGACCCCUCCCCACACAACAAGACUCGUGGGCAGUCACGCAGGGCGGCGAGCCCGAGAAGCCCAAGGAGAAGGUCAACUACGGCACGACGGGUGUGCUAGCCGCGGCGUCCAACUCGGUGGCCCUGCCGGACGGCACGGUCACGACGCUCAGGUACCACGAGCCGGGGGAGGCGCGCAAGCCGCCGCCGCGCGACCGGUGGAAGCUCUUCGUCUUCAGGGACGGAGACAUCGUCGACACGCUGGACCUGGGCGCCCGGACCUGCUGGCUCGUCGGGCGCGACCGAGCCGUCGUCGACCUCCUCGCCGAGCACCCCAGCAUCAGCAAGCAGCACGCCGCCAUACAGUUCCGGUACACCGAGAGGCGGAACGAGUUCGGCGACAAGAUCGGCCGCGUCAGACCGUACCUCAUCGACCUCGAGAGCGCGAACGGGUCGAGGCUCAACGGGGACAGGAUCCCGGACUCGAGAUACCUCGAGCUGAGGAACAAGGACAUGGUGCAGUUUGGUCACAGCUCCAGAGAGUACGUCGUCAUGCUGGCCCCCAGGGAAUAA